CUAUAACAGUAACCUAAAAAAGUCAUUCUAUUCUUUGGAUGAUUGUGUAGUGUCUGGAUGUAACCUAAUUUCUAUUAAUUAGUUUUUACGUGUGUUUACUCUCUUCUGUGUUUGCAAAUAUGAUGGAUCGCCAAGAUUUAAGUGGUUGGUUAAUAGUUAGGAGGGAAUUCAUCCUUAAAACUCUUAUUAUAUCUUCAUUAUUACAUAGACAAUUUAUUCAGUUUUAGUGAGAAUUAGAUUGUAAAAUGUCUAAAUAUAGAACAAGUCAUAUUUAGUUUCCAGUUCCUUUUUUAAUUUAUUGAAACAUUAAUUGAAGAAUAUUUGAAGAAACUAACAUGGACCAAGAGAAAAGAAAAAAGACUGGUAUCCUAAACACUUUAAAACAAAGAUUUUGGUCAAACAGUAUAACAAGCAAAUCUUGUUUUAAGGGUAGAGGCUUUAAACUGAAAACCAGAUCAGAAUCUCAAAGUCAUGUCAAAUCAAGAACAAGUGAUAAUUGCAGUGAUUCAACAGGUAAUUUAUCCAAUAUUACCAGAAGAUCAAAUGAGCUAAUUAAUAUUUGUGAUUCCAGUGAGUCACAGAUCACUGAAUCAGCAGUGAAUGUUAUGAGGUCUAGUGAAUCUGUUAAACAAAUACCAAAUAAUAUUCCUAUAUCAGAUUGUUGUAGAGAAAAAUUGGAAGAAAGCACUCUAAAGACUGACAGUUUAAAUAGUUUACAUAGGGAAUGUGAAAUGGAAAGUACUAUCCCUUCAAAUCUUAGGAUAGCAGAUGAUAUCAUUACUUCAUCGCCAGUCUUAUCAACAAAAAAGUUGGAUGAGUUUGAAAAUAUAGAGCAGGAAGAUGUAUGUGAAAUUAUCUUAGAUACAGAAGAAACUCGGAAUGAAGAUUUAACAUCAAAUCUUAAAUCUGGUUUAAUGAGUGAACUUUUGAAGUUGUCAAAGUAUGGAUGGUAUUGGGGCUCUAUUUCAAAAGAAGAAGCUGAAGAGAAACUAAGUGACCAGCCAGAUGGAGCCUUUUUAUUGAGAGAUUCAUCAGCAGAUCAUUUCAUACUAAGUCUUAGUUUCAGAAGUUCUGGGAAAACACUUCACACUCGAAUAGAGUAUAGUUUGGGCCGAGGACUUUUUAGUUUCUAUCAACAGUCAGAAGAGAGCUUUGCAAGCAUUGCAGAACUGAUUGAACAUUCAAUGUCAUUUUCAAAGUCUGCUGUGUAUUGCUAUUCCCGACCAAGAUCACCAGGGCAUCCAUCAUUUCCUGUACGCUUAACCAAACCAAUAUCCCGCUUUGAACAUGUAAGGUCCCUCCAGCAUCUUUGUCGGUUUGUCAUCCGUGAAUCUAUCAGGUUAGACAACAUUCAAAAACUGCCCCUUCCCAAUAGUAUAAAAGGUUAUAUAGAAGAAGGACACUACUAAAAUGUAGGUAAUUUGUUCCUAAAAGUUGUAAAUAGCUAAUUAUUUUAAACCAUCAACAUUUACUGUACAUCUGGACAAACCCUUUGAGUGCCAGAUGUUUAAAUUAUUAUGUUGCUUUUUCUGACACUUGCCAUAAUAGAAGGGUUAUUGGGAUCCUCUUUUCUUAGAAUUGUUUUAACAGAAUUUGACAGUACUACUCUGUAAGAUCUGUUAUAGCCUUAGUCAUCUUCACAUUGUUAUAUGUGCCUGUAUAGUAGGCUACAGGUAUUUGACAAUGUAAUCUAUUUAAAAAAAUGUCAUCAUUUUAUGAUAAAAUACAAGUAAAUUCUCUAAGUGCAGGACACAUUGAUUUUGUUUUAUUGUAGCUCUAGUGUUUAACCAAAGAAUUAAUGUUAUUUUUUUACAUACUUUUGUAGCCUAUUUACGGUUUUUAUAUAAUAAAAAUGUAGCCUAAAUCAGAAAAAUUAUUAUUUUAUUUUUUAAUAGACCCACAUAAAAGGUUAUUGCAUGUGCCUAUUUAAUUUUCUUAGUGUAAAUAGAAAAAAUAGUCCUAGAUUUCAAAAAAAUAUUAAUCUAAUUAUUUUAUUUAGCAUCUCACAUAGUGUGCCUCCCCAACCUUUUAGAAAACAGUUUUAUGUAUCUAUGACAUAAAUAGGCUUGCAGUAUAAUAAGCGGCUAAUAAAAGAAUUUAAUCAUCGAUUUUUAUAAUUACCUCCUUAAUUUUUUCAGUUAUUUCAU